AUGGGAAAUUAAAAUACUAGAAAUUAAGACAAUGUUCCUUUGGCUUAAUUUAAUAUAUCUGAUAAUUACUAGAUGGGUGUUGAUGCUAAUAAUCAAUAUUCAAUAAAUUCUAAUUACUCAGCUCCAAAUAAUAUUCAUAAUUUUUAAUAAGCUUAACAAUAAAAUGUUAAAGUAGUUCAUAAUGAAUAAUAAUAAUCUAUACCUAAUAUUCCACCUAUUCCAUAAAUACCUCCACAACCAAUUUAAUUAGGAAUUCCAGUUAUCUAAUCACUUGAAAUUGUUUAAAUACCUUAAUAACCAAUAACAAAUGAUCUUAAAGAUUAACCAUUCCAUAUAAAAAAAAAUGAAGUUCUUAAAGCACUUAUUAUAUAUCUAAUAAUGUAGAUAAUAUCAUUUGCAUUAUCAAUAUAUCUAUGUAUAUAAUUUGAUCGAUCUUCAACUUUUGGAAACUUUGCCUCACCUAUUUGCAUCAUUAGUGGUCUUGGUAACAUUUUAGUUGUUAUCUCUGCAAAAUAUUAGAAAUUUCAACAAGUAAUAUGAAUAUUUUAAAUUUAGAAUCCAAUAGCUAUAGUUAAUAGCUGUCUCAUUAUAGUAUUCUAAAGUUCAUCAUUAGUUUCAUACUUCUUUUACUAAAGUUAAUAUAGUACAAGUAAUUCUUACUUUAGUGGCUUUAUAUUUUUGAUUUUAAUACUAUAAUCAUCAACAAAUUGUAUAGUAAUUGGAAUAACUAUUUUUUAUUUUGUUUUUGAAUAGAAAUAAAUUAGAUUUGAAAGUAAACAUAUGUUUUAAAACAAUUUAGUUUAUUUUUUAAUGCUUUGUUUUGCAGGAUUCAUAGCAAUAAUGGUAGAUUUUGUAUUAUUAUUUUUUGUUUGUACUGGAUUCAUAUUUGGAACAAUUCUAAUGAUAGUACUUCAAUAAUUGAUGAAUGGAAGAGUAAAUAUAUUAAUUUUUAUAUAGUUUUAACUAAAAAAGAAUUAAUCCUUUGGAUUAUGUAAUUCAAUAUAUUUAGGACUUUUGGUUCCAUGUAAUAUAUUUUGA